GUGAACCUAACAUUGUUGCAGUUAAUGGGAAUGGAGGAUGGUUAUCACAAUAGUACAACAAAGAUGAAUCAUACAAUUCAAUUGCAACCUUUUGGAUUUCUAUUACUGCAGAUAGAUGGUGAUCUUGAAGACCUCCAAUCUGCUCUUGGCAACAAGAAACAGAAGCGUCCUCUUGGGGGUGGAUCAUGUUCAGCUUUGAUUAAAAUGUUGCCAGGCAACUCUGACUUGUAUGUGUCCCAAGUGACAUGGAGUGCAUAUCAGACAAUGCUAAGAAUUCUCAAGAAAUAUGAUUUCCCAUUCAAAGAAGCUCAGAUAAAAUCAUCAGUAAUUCCUGGUAGAAUGAUGUCAUUUUCAUCAGCACCUGGCAAGCUUUACUCUGGUGAUGACUUCUAUAUUAUAGGAAAUGGUCUCGUGAGUCUGGAGACCACUAUUGGAAAUAGUAAUGAUGCACUAUGGAAAUACAUAAAGGCCAAAGGUCAAGUGUUGGAAUGGAUGAGAAACAUUGUAUCAAAUAGACUAGCACAUAAUGCUACUAUGUGGGCAGACAUAUUUAAACAGUACAACAGUGGAAC